AUGACCCCAACCCUCUCUCCUAUCACCCCAGGCAGUAUGAGCAGCUCCAACCCCAGCGUGGGCCAGAGACCCCUCUCCAAGGCAGAAAGUGCCAAUCCACGAGAGUUCCAGAUAAACCAGCUGCGGCGACGUUUCCAUCCGACAGAAACUUCAGAUGAGUCGGGAACGACUUUCGCAUUUGGGCUGGCACCGUCAGAUCCCGACUUUCCAUUUGACCUGGACAAGCUCCAAUGUGCGCUGCAUGUUCCAACGUCAUACCCGUCCGGCAGAAGACCCACUUUGAAGGUCGCCAAUCCUGAAAUGGAAAAGGCCUUUCAGGACAAUGUCUCACGAGGGUUUGAUGAUAUUGUGGACAGCACCCUGAGGACCGGUGGUCGUGGAACUUUGUUGACAUGGAUGAAUACCCUCGACCGCCACCUGGAGCGCCUACUCACUACGACGGAAAGGGGGCCGACUCUUAAGUUUGUUACGAAUGUCAACAACAAAGCAAAUGAAGCCCCGGCGACACGAGAGAUAGUGGGCAAACUGCAGUCCUUGCCCGUUCCGCUUGAAGGGGAUCGGAAAGUGACAGCCACGACUACUAAACCUAAACCGCCGGCUCGAGUGUUCUCUGCGGAGGAAAAAGCACAAGCCGAGAAGCGACGGGCCUUGGAGACGAGGCAGAUUGAAGCGCGCCUUGGUCGGUUACCACUAUUUCAGAAGUCGAAAGAUGAGCUCUCGUUUGUUAUUCCCAUUCAGCCGCCGAAGGCUGAGCGACUUCCGCCUUCUCUGCGGUCGGUCAAGACCGUUAAGCUAUUGGUUCCGAGUUUAUAUCCUCUCGAGCAUAGUGCUGUGGAACUGCGAAGCGUCGAUAGUAUAGAGGCGCGGGCUGUGGAAGCAGGAUUCGCGCAGUGGGUUACCAAAAACCUCAACCUCAACCUAAUGUCGCAGGUCAAUUAUUUGACAAGCAACAUGCACAACUUCGCGAAAACUCCCCUGGAAGAAGCGUCCGAUUUGGCUGCAGCUGGGCCUGGACUUGCAGAACCGGAAAUUAACGAGAGGCCACCGACUACUGGAGAUGUCCAACUGGGAGAUAAGCCUCACGUCCAUGUUGUCCCUCGGCCGCCCGAGUGGUCCGUGAAGGAGGGUGGCGAUGAGAGCGAAGGCACGGAUUUGUCGACAUCUGAGGAGUACUCUUCGGAUGAGGAAGACGAAGAAGGUGGAGCACCGGUCCCGAACCUCCCAGAAGCCACCCCAGAGCGUGGUGUUGCGAUUUCAUUCCCGUUCAUCGAGCUCUACGGAAUCGAACUUUUAGAUUUGGUGGGACUUUCUAUCACUGUCAAAUGUGAAAGAUGCAAGGAGCAGUUGGAUGUGAAGCAUGUGCCGCAAGUCAAAGACAAGGAUGACAAAUUGUCUCCGAAAAUUGAAUCCUGCAAGAAAUGCGCGAAUACGAUGAGCUUUGGUUUCCGCCGACAGUUGAUACAUUCACAUUCCAACCGUGCCGGAUACCUAGACUUGGAUGGCUGUAUCAUUGCCGACCUUCUUCCUAGUAGUUUUAUUCCUACCUGCGCGGAAUGCUCUACAUCUUUCCCUGCACCUGGUGUGGUGGCUGUCCGUGGAGAGAACGCAAUGGCUGGAUGUCGGCAAUGUCAUCGAAAGAUGGUUUUCAAACUCCCUGAGGUCAAGUUCUUGCGAGUAGGAACUGCAGCAUUCACCUCCCGAGACCAAGCUCCCCAGCGGAAGAAACCCAAGGAGGUUCUCGGCAUUGUUGCUGGACAGGAACUCCCCCGUCGUGGCCGUUGCAUGCACUAUGGCAAGAGCUUUCGCUGGUUCAGAUUUAGCUGCUGCGCAAAAGUGUUCCCUUGCGAUAAAUGCCACGAUGCAGCUGAAGACCACCCAAAUGAGCACGCAAAUCGCAUGAUUUGUGGUUUCUGCUCGCGGGAGCAAAUAUAUCGACCCGAGGACUGCGGAAUAUGCCGUGCGGUUCUUGUAGGCAAGGCCGGCAGCGGUUUCUGGGAAGGAGGAAAGGGCACUCGCAACAGGGUCUUGAUGAGUCGUAAAGAUCCCCGGAAGUUCAAGCGCCGUCCGGGCUCGACCCCAGGAGGCACAUCGAAGAAGAAGUAA